AUGGCUUUCGACCCCUCUGCAAGAUUACUGAUAAACGUUCCUAUCCUUCUCAACAGUGACCUAGUCCGGCGUACCAGAGAAACGGUGCAAGUUGCGAUCCCACGAGCAGUGCUGCGACAGGCAUCUGUGGCUUCCAGUGUCUCCUGCGGGAUGGAAUUCUAUCUUGCUCUUGGGCGCUCACCAAUGGAUUUCCUGGAGCGCAUCAAGCGUUUCACGCUGAAGGUAUUCCCACAUAAGAACCAAGUUCUGAGUCAUGAAAUGAAUUCAGAGCCACCUGAUUUGCUUAAUUCCCCCACUGUACCGCACACAGGAAUUGACCUCGACAACGGAUUAGACUCCAAUGUGGGUGACGACUCCGAUUCCCUGGGCAACGCCAAGGGGAAGAGUUCCAUCACAACCCCACCAGCCAAGGAGAAGCGGAAGCCCUUCUUCAAGAAACAGGAGAACAUUCCUCCGUACGAUGUCGUGCCUUCCAUGCGCCCGCUAGUGCUUGUUGGCCCAUCCCUUAAAGGGUAUGAGGUCACAGACAUGAUGCAGAAGGCGCUGUUUGAUUACAUUAAGCACAGAUUUGAGGGGAAGGUAAUCAUUACACGGGUGAGUGCUGAUAUCUCUCUUGCAAAACGGAGUCUCCUAAACAACCCAAACAAACGUGCUCUUAUGGAACGAUCCAACUCCAGAUCUUCUUGUAUAGCAGAAGUUCAGGCGGAAAUAGAACGAAUAUUUGAACUAGCAAGAACUCUACAGUUAGUGGUGCUCGAUUGUGACACUAUUAACCACCCCUCUCAACUUGCUAAGACAUCUCUUGCACCUAUUCUUGUAUACCUCAAGAUCUCGUCUCCUAAGGUACUGCAGCGUUUAAUAAAGUCACGGGGAAAAUCUCAGAGUCGCAACUUGAGUGUUCAGAUGGUUGCAGCAGAAAAAUUAGCCCAGUGUCCACCAGAGAUGUUUGAUGUGAUUCUUGAUGAAAAUCAGCUUGAGGACGCAUGCGAACAUAUAGCAGAGUAUCUCGAUGCCUACUGGCAAGCAACGCACCCUCCGUUACCUCCACCCCAGAUUCAGAGACCAAUUCCAUCACCACAUACAAGUCCGCGGUCUAACCAUGCGCAAGGAAGUCUCAUGAGGACUAAUUCUACGCCUCCAGGUUAGUGCGGAUUGUACCUU